AUGUGGUCAGAUCGCAACGCUUCAACACAACCCUAUUCGGAUUCACGUGACGAAAACGAUAGCAUGAAAGAGCUCUAUAAUGCAAAUAAUCUUAGUGUAACCAAGACCAACAAUUCAGGCUGCUCCACCCUAUCACGUAAUGUGCCACAAUCUCCUCACGUGCUUCGGGGAUCCGUGGACAGAUCCCGUGAUGCUCCUGAUCAAUCUACCCCAAUUCCCGAACCCAGAAGUUCAAUCACAGUUCAUUCCCGGUUCAAACAGUUCUGGGUUGAAAGUUUUGUUAGCGGGCGAUCGAGAACAAAAUCUGAAAAUCAAACCACCAUAGGAGCACAUUUACGCGGUGAAAGUGCACGCAUGCGAAGUCCUGUCACUGAAUUAGAUUCGGGAAGUAUGCCCAGGAAGGAUGUGCUUCCGCCACAUGCACAUACAAUCACGGGAGGAUCUAGCCAAGCCGCUGCAUUGCUGAGACGUUUGGCACAGUACACAAACAUGUCCACACCUCCUUCGGAUCAAACAUCCGUCAGAUCCGGUAAUGACAGCUUGAAACGCACCACUCCCGGUCGACGAGGUAUUUUAGGCCAUGCCAGUGGUGCCUCUUCUGCUGGUGGUCGUUCCGGAUCUGUGCCGAUUCCUCCAGCUCAUUCUCUAUUUGUUCAAGGUCAUCGGCGUCACAAAUCACCGCGAUCCAUGAUUGGACGACUGGUUCCCGGCUCCAGCGGUUGGGGCAAGAGUACAGAAGACGUGUUAUCUUUGGAUUUGCCGGAUCCCUCUAAACUACCUCGUGAAGAACCUUGUAGCAGUCUGGAAUUCACCCAUGCGCGUCUGAAAAAUCCGAAAAAAAUUCCUCAAAAAUUGAAGGCUCGCACUGGAUUUGAUGUUCAUCGACGUAAACGAGCUGGAAGCCUCAGUGGAGGCCCCGGAGUGGGAGGAGAUCGACGGAGCCUGACUGGAACAGCCUCACCUCAAACUCGACCGUUUCUUUUGGAACAUCUCUCUCGAUCUGACGAGACGUUAAUGUCUGGUGCUCAAGCCGGAGCGCUUCUGCUGAGUGGCAACACUGCGUCCCGACCGAGUGCAGGAGCAGUCGGAUCAGAUGUGAUCGGCACGACCGUGAAGCCUGGUGCCCAGCAGAUAUCAGCCCAGCUGCAGCAGUUCGCACAACAAGUACACCACAAGCAACAACAGCAACAACAACAACAACCUCAAAACCAUCACCAUCACCACCACCAUCAUCACAGACAUGGGAAUCAUGGACAUCAUCGUAAUCGAGGACAUUUCACACACCAUGAUCACCAUGGUAUUCGUGCAACACAUACAAUGACUCGUGUGACAGAGAGUCGGCGCUACUUGAUGUUUACGCGGUCGCUACCGUUUUGGUCCGCGAAACAGUAUCUGGCAGCACAUGGUGCAGGAAUGGCCGAGUCAGAAACCUACUCUCUCCUAUUCCGUCACACAGAAUGCUACGAUCUAAUGCCGGACAGUGCGAAGCUGGUCAUUCUGGACAGCCAACUUACCAUUAGCAAAGCUUUUCGAGCACUGAUCUACAACGGAAUUCGAGCUGCUCCGGUAUGGAAUUCAACAACUCAAUCGAUUUGUGCCAUGCUCACGGUGACAGACUUUGUACAAAUGUUGAACCUUUGCUGGCAUGGCACAGAUGGACGAAUUCCGGGUGAGAAAAAUCUGCUCCAGUUGACCGAUUUCGAUCGAAUCACCAUACACAAAUGGAAAGAACUGAUCAAAACGGAACACCUACUUAUGUCAAAGAGUGCAAGCCUGAAUCCAGUGAACACGGAAAAACGAAAUGGCGAUUCACGUGGUGCUGAGACCAGUCAUGAUUCCCGAAAACCCGGUGAAAGCAAAGUGCAACAACUGCCUUCAUCGCAUACUUUCAGCCAUGAUCCGUGCGCCACCAUAUCCUGUCCAACGUCGAACUUUUCUUCUCCUUCUCAAUCUCGCUCCUCCUCCUCGUCCAGCAGCCGUUCCUCGGCUGCUUCUCUACCUCCCAGUCUGUUGACCAGACAACAGUCCCGUCGCCACAGUUCCCCCGGCCAAACAAAUGAGCUCAGUAGAACUCAGGAUGACACUGUUGGGGAUGUCAACGACGAAGGUGAUGGUGACGGUGACGGUGAUGGUGAUGGUGACGGUGAUGGUGAUGGUAUCGGUGAUGAUCUACCCGAAUCCGGUUCCAAAACUAAUCUUUCCGGAUCUGAUGCUGCCGUAUCCAGUUCAGGCACAACAAUCACGACACCAAUGCGACGGGCCUCGUUAGGAGCGAUUGUUCCUCCCAGCACUAGCUCGACGCAACCGAGCUCGACUAGCCGACUGUUCUUUGUCCAUCCACAGGACUCGCUUUUCAAAGCUUUACGGUUGCUGUCCCGUUUCCGUUUACAUCACUUGCCGGUCAUUGAUUCACCACAUGAAGGAACCGGGAACGUGCUAUAUGUGCUCACUAAAGGUCGUUUGUUGACCUAUUUGUUCAGUAAAAUUCUACUCGUCCCACAACCUCGUUUCAUGCAGGACGAAUAUUUCGCAAUAGAACACACGUGA